AUGAAGGAAACAGAUAAAAUAAAGAGCGAGGUUUUAAAUUUAAUGCAAUUAGAUGGGAAAAGGGAACAUAUAAAUAAAAACAACAAGCUUUACAGAAAAGUUAUUAUAAAUCCAACAUCAGAAGAUGAUUUGCAAAAAUUUUGUAAAAAUUACUUUAGAAUAUAUCAAUUUUCGUUGUAUAAUUUUAUAAGAAGGUUGAUAUCACUUGACGCAGUUAUCGUUUACACUUUGUUUAUGACGGUGUAUAUUUUUUCUGAAAUAAGCCAAGGAAUAACAAAAAAAUAUUUAUUUGUAGAUACAGCUAUUUCGCUUUUUCUAAACAUUGGAAUUUUAGUUGUUAUAGAAAGUCUUUUUGAGCUUAAAUUGUUGAAAGACAUAAAAAAUGCGAAUUCACAGCACUACCUUAGAAUAGUACCGAAAAUGUCAUAUUUUGAAAAGGUUAUGACCAAAGAUAUAAAAGUUGGAAACAUAAUUAGGGUAUUUCAAGGCGAAGAGUUUCCUGCAGAUGUCGUUAUACUUUAUUCUAAAAAGAAUACAAAUGCAGUUGUUGAUUCAUUUAAAAUCGAUGGAUUAUAUAAUAAAAGCAUAAAAUAUCCUGUUGAAAAAUAUAAAAUCGAUAGAGAUUAUCUAAAAAUGCUGUCAGAAAUAAAUGGUGUUAUAAAAUGUGAAUUGCCUAACAAAAAUGUAUUUUGCUUUCAAGGAACUUAUAAGCUCGACAAACAUCCAAGAUCAUUACAUUUGAGUUAUGAAAACUUUGCUCUUCAAUCUUCCAUUUUAAAGGGAGCCGAAUAUAUUGAUGGUGUUGUUGUAUAUACAGGCGCCGACACGAAAAAAAAUUUGAACAUACCUCGUAAAAUCGAAGAAAAUAUGACAUUUUGUAUAAAAAUGAAUAAUGUUGUAUAUUACUUAAUAUUUAUGUAUAUACUUUUUGUCUUAUUAAGUAUUAUAAUAAAAGCCAUAUUUUACAGAAAAGGUAAAUUACUAGAAAAUUCAAAUGAUACGUUUUUUACUGUUUUAGAAGAUUUUAUUGGUUUAUAUAUAUUAGUUUUGCCUGUAAUGCUAUAUUCAGAAAAAAGCCUAAUAUACAUAAUUCAAAGUUUAAAAAUAGAAAGGGAUACAAGAAUGAAUAAAGAUGAAAAUAGUAAUAAUACAAAAGUUUUUAACAAAAAUAAAAAUGAUGCGCUUGGCACAGUUGAUAUUAUAGCUACUGCAAGAAACGGAGUUCUUGUGAACAAAAAAGAGAUACUAGUUUCUUGCACUAUUAAUAAUGUUUUAUAUUCAAAAAAAAAAUUUAUAAUAUCCGAUGAAUUUUUAAAAUUGCCGAGCUUGAAUAUACUGGACGCAGAAAGAACAAAUGUAUCCGAGCUCUUAAAUUUAGACGAACGAAUUUUCAAAGACCCAGAGAACAUUUUUUUCCCUUCUCGAGAUUUCAAUAAUUUUUUAAAAAUUCUUGGGAAUAAUACAAAUCCUAUUUAUGAUCCGAUUAAUGGUGAUUUCUCUAAAAUACUUAAGGAAAUAUACAGAAAUUAUUUAAAUGAAGAGUUUUUGUACAAAAAAAUUAAACUUUCAUCAUCAGUAAAAUCGCUAUUAGACAAUGGAUAUAAUCAAUUUUUGGAAGAUUGUGAAAGCAGCUAUGAUUGUAAAGAGAUAAUAGAGGAUGGAUUAAAAAAUAAUGAACAGUCAGAAAAAAUAGAGGAGUUUAUUUUGGGAAUAUGCGCAUGUAAUAGAAUAAUUAUAUAUAAUGAGAAAUUUGGUGAUAUUGAAAUGAAAGAUAAUAUAAAUGAGAAAUCAACAUCGGAACAUAUGAACUAUGAUAAAGACAGGGAAGUAGAAAAUAUAGAGAGUGAAAAUAAAUAUGCAGUAGAUUCUGAUGGCGAAGAAAAUAUGAAUACAAUAGAACAUGAAGAUAUAUGCUUAUUUAAUACUUCAAAAAAUAUAGGUUUUCAUAUAUACUGCUAUAAGAAAUGUCUAUUUUUUUAUAAUUUAAAAAAUAUUUGUAAAGAGUAUUACAUAAUAUGCUUUCAUGAUUUUUUAAGAAGUAAUAAUUAUACUAUGUGUAUAUUAAAAAACAAAAAAGAAUUAGAUAAAGGGAUAUUAUAUAUACGUGGUUAUGAUUUUAAUAUUUUACCAUACUUAUGUAAAAAUAAGAAUGACAUAAAUAAAAUUAAAAAAACGAUAAAAAUACACACAGCUAAUUAUUUAAAAGUUAUAUUAAUAUGUAAAAAAAAUAUUACUAAUGAAGAUAUUGCAAAAUAUAUUUAUUUAAAAAGCGUUAGAAGCAAAUUUUCUUUCAAGUUUUUUGAUAUAAUAAAAACAUUUUUCUUAUACGAUUUAGAAUGCAUAGGUAUUAUUGGCUUAAAAAAUGAUUUAAAUGAUGGAGUAGUCGAAACAUUUAAUGAUAUCAAUAAUUUUGAUAUUAGAUCAUGGAUAUUUACUAAUGACUCUUCUAAAAAUACUUAUUUGACAGCCUUACAAUGCAAUCUAAUUACUCCCAAUUCAAAUUUAUUCAUAAUUAAUUUCUUGAAUCCCGAUCAUUCUGAUGAAGAAACAGUUGCUAAUUAUUUAUUCAACAAUUUUCUUUUUUCUAUGGAAAAUAUGAAAUCUCGUUCUUAUGCUAUUGCAAUAAACGAGAUGAGCCUGAAGAACAUCAUGCGAAGUAGAUACGCGUUGAAAGUAUUUUUAUGCAUAAUAAUGCGAGCCACUGUUGUAUUAUUUUGCAAAUUAAAUAAUGAAACAAAAGGGAAGAUUAUAAGCAAAUUUCUUUCUUAUACAACCCCUAAAUUGACAGUACUAGGUGUUGGAUCAACAUUGAAUGAUGCAUAUCUCUUAAAAAAUACUACAAUAAGUGUAUGCUUGACUUUGAACAAACAAGUUAAUGCUCUUUAUAGUAUCUCAGAUUAUGCAAUGGAGGAAUUCAAAUAUGUUGGAGAGCUUCUCAUAUUAGGGAGAUUGAAUCGAUUUUCUUUGUGUAGAGCAUUCCUAUGGAUAAUAUACCUGAAAGUUAUGAUUGGUUCUUUUUAUUUCUUCCACAAUUUUGAUAAUUUUUUUUCUGGGUCAUCUAUUUCAUCAAUACUAUAUUCCCAAACGGCCUUUGCAAUUUUUCAUUAUUCCUUAAUUGUAGCUUUUGCGUCCUACGAAAUUGAUAUUCCAUACAAAUUUAUCAGAAAUUUCCCAUACAUUUAUCAGCUAGCAAGAAGAAAAUAUUUUCUUAACAACACCAUAAUAUUUUUAAACAUAGUCGAAUCGAUAUUUUCUUCAUUCAUUUCUUAUUACAUAUUACGAGGCAAUCUGUUUAAUUUAAUUACACAUCGAAAAUUUACAUUCCAUAUAUUUGUUUUAAAUUUUUUUUUAAUAUCUGAAAAAAUUCUGUUAUUUUCGAAAACAUGGCAUAUAUUUUUUUUUAUCAUGACCAUUAUUAUUGUUUCGAUUUUAUUUAUAUAUAUAAACAUUUAUACCUUAGUUGAUUGCUUAAUAACAGGAAAAUGUGAGUUUAGUCUCUUCGAUCCUGAAGAUUCAUAUUUUUGGAUAUCUCUUCUUCCCAUACUAUACAUUAACUUUAUCAUAGACAAGUUCAUGAAGUUUGUAAAGAACAAAAUAUAUCCAGACAUAACAUAUCAUUUAUCCAAUACCCUGAAAAUCGAAACACAAGAAAAAUUCGCUACUAACAACAAAAGGGAAGAAGUAAUAACCGAUAAAAACAUUGAAAAGCUGGCUCCCGUACCCAAAAGUUAUAUAAUAAAAGAAGACAAUGCAUAUUAUGGGAAAUCUAAAAAAAAUAAGUAUAUUUUUGAUACUUUAAGAAAAAUAAUAGAUAUAAAAAUAAAGUAUAGAAAUCAACAACUAAACUUAGAAUAUAAAACAUAUGAAAAAAGAAAUAAGUUAAAAUUAAGAAUAAUAAUAUUAUUAUUAUUUAUAAUAUUUUUGAUAACAUUUACAAUACAGAUCAUUAUAUCUAAAUUUAUUGAAAAAAAAUUGCAUUCGUUAUCUUAUUUAACAGUAAUAUAUUAUAUAGUUGCAGUAUUAUAUUUAAUUAAGAUACUAAUUCGAAAUAAAACAAAUUAUACUUACUUUUAUAUUAUUGGUAAAUUACUACUAGUAAUAGGGUACUUAUUGGAAAUAUCCGAGAAUUCGGUUAAUAAUAUAAUUAAUAUGCUAGUAACAUAUUCUUUUACUGUUUGUUAUAUAUUUUUUAUAUCUUUUAAAAUAUUAGAAGGAUUAGUAAUGUGCAUAAUUAUUUUAUCCAUAGCAAUAUGGGUAUAUUACCAUAAAAACAACAAUUUAAACGCAAUGUGCACUGAUUUUUGUGACAAUCCAUAUACUAGCCUAGAUAAUUUAGAAUAUAUAAAUAUAUCGUGUAUAUGUAAACAACAGAUUUUUACCUUUUUAAUUUGUACAUUAAGUUUUACAUUAAUUUGUCUAUUUAUGAAAUAUUAUGAGAUAUAUUAUUUAAAAAAAAAAUUUUUAACAAGAUAUAAACAAAAAGUUAAUUUAGGUAAACAAAUUGAAAUUUUACAUACUAUGCUGCCUAGUUUUUUAGUCGAAUAUUUAUUAGUAAGCGAUCCUAAAGCAGAUGGUAUUAUGGUGGGAAAAAAUAUUUCUGGAGAAGAUCGAGGGAUUAUAUCUGUCAUUUUUUGUGACAUUGAUGAUUUUCAAACUAUGGUAUCUACAUUAGAACCACAUACUUUAGUACAGACAUUGGAUAAUUUAUAUUUAUAUUUUGAUAAAUGUAUAAAAUAUUUUAAUUGUAUAAAAAUAGAAACAGUAUUCGAAUCUUAUUUAGCUGCAUCAGGUCUAAGUGAAAAAAAAAAUAAUUGUGUACAUAAAAUUAAAUAUGAUACAAAAUGUGCAAUCAAAAUGGCUAUUGCUCAACUUAGUGCUAAAUAUUAUAUAUCAUAUAAGGUAUUGGACACAUUAUCAAAUAAUAAAGAUUCAAAUAGUAUUUUUCCAAUUGAAAGUAAAUACAUCUAUAAAAAUAUUAGUUUAAGAAUAGGUAUACAUACAGGAAAAGCAAUAAGUGGAGUUAUCGGAUCUGUUAAGCCACAAUAUUCGCUUUUUGGUGAUACUGUUAACACUGCAUCUAGAAUGAAAUCUACUUCGUUAAAGGACCAUAUACACGUUUCAUACGAUACAUAUAAAUAUCUAAAGGAUGAUAAAACGUUAGUAUGGAAAGAAAGAAGUAUAUUCAUAAAGGGAAAAGGGGAAAUGAAAACAUAUUUAUUGGUUGAUAUUUUAGACAACUCCAAAAAGGAUCAUACAAAAGCGUUGGAAGAAUCAACUUCAUCUAUAUUUAGAAGCAAUGAUGAAAUUGUAAAUAAGAGCGAACUCAUAACUAAAGAGAAAGAAUUUGAUAAAAUUGAAAUGCCUGAUAAAAGCGAAAUAAUCGAUGAAACUAAAAAAAUAUUUAAAAAAUCGGAAAAGCCAAGUACGAAAAAAAAAAAGAUAAAAAAAGAAAAUGCUAAGGAAAAAAAUAUAAAUAUAAAAAUGAAAGAAAUGGGAGAAAUUUUAAAUAACUAUGAUAAAGAAAAGGUUUAUAAUUGUAACAAAAGUGACGAUGGGUCAAAUAGUAUAGGACAAAAUGAUUUUUUAUACAGUACUAAAAAUUAUAACUAUAAAAAAUCGAAAUAUUUAGAUCUAGAACGUUUAUCAACAAAUAAAAGCUUUAGAAGAAACGUAUUAGCUUAUAAUUUUGAAUCUCCUAUAAAUCUACCACCAAAAAUAGGAGACAACACAAAAAGAAAUUAUGAUUCUGAUAAUUUCUUUACCUCGCCAUAUAUUAUAGACAAAAAUGAAAAAGAUGAAAUACGUGACACAACAAACAAGGCAUUAUACAUAAAAAAAAGCAAAAAUAUAAUAAACAGAAUGAGAGAAGAUUCCAUAGACUUUAAAGACGAGUUUAGUAAAGAAAAUGACAAAAUAAAAGAAUAUAUAAAAGAAAGAAUAACUUAUAGGCAAAAGGUGACCCCCAAUUAUUUUAACUUUAAUAAUAUGUCUAAAUAUUCCAAUGCAUUUAAGAAAAAAAAAAAAAAAAAAAAGGACAUACAAAAAAAAUAUACAUAUAGACAAAAAACAAGCUUUUAUAAUUUUUUAAAUAAAAACGACAUAAUCAAUUAUAACUAUUCUAGUGAAUUCGAAUAUUUUAUUGAUCCCAAAAUGAAAAACAAAAAACCUAUAAACUUCAACAAUUUAUUUGCAAAAAUAUACAAAAAAAAGCUAAGUUUACUUAACAUUAAAAAUGAACCUAUUAAUAUCAAAAAAAAAAAUAUUAAAAACAAAAGUAGAGAUAGAAUUAUUUUUUCAAGUAGACGCGAUGAGGAACAUGAUGACAACCAAAAAAUGAAUAAAAAAUUAUUUUCGCGAACUUAUGCUCAAAAGGCAGAACAAACUUCUCAUGAAAAUAUAUUCACAGAAAUGAUAAAUGACAAUUUUUUAAAAAAAGAAGAUAAAGAACAAUGUGAAAUUAGAAAUGAGAACAGAUGUCCAACGGUUUUUCUUAUAAAGCGAAAUAAAACUACUAUUAAUAUAAAUAAAAAUCGAGUUCUCAAAAGAAUUUUCAAGGAUAUAAUUACUCGAAAAAAAAUAAAAAGGAAUCGCAUACUAAAAAAUAAAAAGUUAAAUUAUGUAAAUAAAAAUGACAAUUUGGGGAAAAAAUAUGAAAUAUUAAAUAACAUUUGUUUGGUUCAUAAAAGAGCCAUGACUUUUGUACAAUAUAACACUGAAGACGAGGAAAAAAAGAGAACUAAAAGGUUUCACAAAAAUGAUGAAAUAUUUGGAAGUGAUAUGAAUAUUUCAAGGAAUCUUAAUGGAAGUAAUAGUAAUAUCCAAAAUAUAAACAGAAGAAGUAAAAAUAAGGCAGAGGACGAUUUAUUUAUAAGAAACAAAGUAAAUUUAAAUAAUAUAAAAAAUAAUAUAAAUUUAAGAAAAAAUAUAUAUAAGACAGAUGAAAGGGGAAUGCAGUAUAAUGAUUUGAAAGGUUAUGACAAAAAAAAAAAUACUGAAGAAAACAAUGAAGAUAAAGAAAAAAAAAUAGAAUAUGAUUCCAAUGAAAAUAUUAAAAAUGGAUUCCCAAAAAAUGAAGAUAAAAUGAUUAUGAAGAAAAGAAUGAUAUCGAAAAGAAUCAGUUUUUACAGUCUGAAAGAAUAUGAAAAAGGUGAUAGUUUCAAAUCGUAUGAUAAUAGUUCAUGUGGCAUUAAAUCUAAAAAAACGAAUAGUAUAAUAAGUGAUGAAGAAAUGAAUGAAUAUUUUAAUUACAACACUGAGUUUAACAGCAAUCGAAAUAAAAAUAAACAGAAUAAAGAGUUUUCGUUAGCGUCCAAAGUAAAUAACAUAUUUAAAAAUAUCUUUAAAAAGAAUUACAUAAGCGAUAAAUUAAAAUCAGGAAAAUAUAAUACAAUGUCGAAUUCCAAAUCAGGGCAAACCAAUAUAACAACAGAUAAUAAAAAAAGUCAAAUUAAAAAAAAUGGAGAUGUAAAUAAAGCAAACACAAACGUAAGCAAUAAAAACUCUGAUUUCGUAACUAAUUUUGAUAAUUAUAACAAAAAUAUUUUAAAAAAAUUAACAUCAACUUUGCAAAUAAAUAGAAAGACAAGCUAUUUUAACCGAUUUUAUUACAAGUUUAAAGAUGAAGAAUUGGAAGAAGAGUAUACAAGAGAAUAUUAUCAAGAAAUAAUAAAUAUCGAUUUAACAAAAAAAUUAAUAAUUAUAUUUGUAAUAUCAGAAUUAAUAUUAAGUCUAUGCAAUGUUAUAGAAUUAUCAUAUUAUGAAAAUAAGGAAACACCUAACGAUUUUAUUGUAAUUAUAUGGUUAAUUAGAUCUAUAUAUUUGUUUACAAUAACAUUUAUAUGGCUUUUAUUAAAAACAAAAUUAAAAGAAUAUAAAGAUAAUUCAAGUAAAAUGAUGUGGACUACAUUUAUUUUGAAUAUAUUUUUAUCGUCUUGGGGUAUUAUUAUGAUAGAUCUUGCUUGCAUACACUACAGUAAUUUAGUUGGGAACUCACGUGAAAGAUCGAUAUUUUUUAUGAAAGAUGCAACAGAAUUAAUAAUUUCUAUGCAACUAAUAUUUGUUAAAAAUAUGUUAUUUAAACAUAAAUUUUUUUUUUUUGUAUUUUUUUUUGUUUUCCUUAUGUAUUCAUUUUUUAAAUUAUUUGUUAUACAUGUAUGUGAAUUAAGAAUAUGCUGUAGUAUACUAUUAAUUCUUUCCAUAAAUAUUUUAUACUUUUGGUAUUCAGAAUAUCUAGAUAGAACACAAUACAUUAUAAAAAGAAAAAGAAAUAGAAUGGAAAGAACUUCGCAUGAUUUUUUAACAAGAAUUUUACCAAGACAAGUCUUAGAGGAAUAUCAAAAUGAUAAUUUACAAUUGACAUAUAAGCAUGAAAAAAUUGCAUUUUUAUUUGCGGAUAUCGUAGGAUUUACAAAAUGGAGUAAAACAGCAGCCCCAAAAAAUGUUCUAAAAUUGUUACAAAAACUUAUAUCCAAAAUUGAUAAAGAUACAAUAAAAUUAGGAUUGUAUAAACUUUUUACAAUUGGUGAUGCAUAUGUGGCUACUAGCCAACCCAAUGCAUCGAUAACUGAUCAAACAGAAGCAGCUGAUGGAAUAAUAAGCAUUUUUAAAUUAGCAAAGCUUAUAUUGCAUAAUAUUAAUACUAUUAAAAUACAAUUUAAUAAACAUGACUUCAAUAUGAGGAUAGGAUUACACUAUGGUUCGUGUGUUGGAGGAAUUAUAGGAUCAGUAAGAAUAAGAUAUGAUAUGUGGGGCUUGGAUGUAUUGAUAGCAAAUCAUAUUGAAUCCAAUGGUAUACCUGGUGAAAUAGUUUGUUCAGAGCAAUUUAAAAAUUUUUUCUUGGAAAAUGAACCACAUGCGAAGUUAAAUUUUUGGCAUUAUAAAACUAUAUCUAUAAACGAUAAAGACAUCAAAAUAUAUGUUGUAGAGGAUAAAAAUUAUGAGGAAGACUAUGAUCCCAAAAUUAUAAACUACGAGACAUUAUUGAAGCUUCGAGAACAAAAUAAAGUAAAAGGGUAA